AUGAGUUCACCAAAGUGGCGUAUCGUUGUCGGCUGCGAUGACGCCGGCGUCGGUUACAAGAACAAGAUCAAGGCGGACUUUGCCGCUGACGACCGUGUCGCCUCGGUGAUUGAUGUCGGUGCCGACGACAAGACGGCCUACCCGCACGUCGCCGCGAAGGCCGCUAAACUGGUGGCUUCAGGGGAAUGCGACAGGGCGCUCCUGAUCUGCGGGACGGGCCUCGGCGUGGCUAUCUCGGCCAACAAGAUCAAGGGUAUCCGGGCUGUCACCGCACAUGACAGCUUUUCGGUGGAGAGGGCGGUGCUGAGCAACAACGCGCAGGUGCUGUGCAUGGGGGAACGGGUGGUGGGGCUGGAACUUGCUCGGCGGCUGGCCAAAGAGUGGUUGGGGUACGUGUUUGACGAGAGCAGCCCCAGUGCUGCCAAGGUCGCGGCUAUCCACGAGUAUGAAGAGGGGGAGGGGGGCUUGUCGGGGCAUGAGGAGGUGAAGGGAUGUUGA